UUGUAUCUCGCGAAUAUAUUUAGACAAUUCAACCUUUUUAUACUCGUUCAUUGAAUUUUCGUUCGAGAUGACAAGUUAAAAAUUAGCUCCCAAUGAAAUAUAUGAAUGAUAUCAACACAAAAACAGCUGAGGGGAAAAAACAAAUACGAAAUGCAUUGCGAAGGCCUCUAGUCAACAUGUUGUUUUCUAUUUUCAUCACGAAAUCAUUUCUAGUUCUGACGCAGAAUCGAAUUCAAUGAGAUCUGCGGAUUUUCAUCGAAUUAUAGUAACUAUCUUGUAAAAAUGAGCACGAGCUCCGUGGUUACUCAAGACAAGUGUAGUGAAGAUGUUUAGUGAUAAAAUUCAUCUGCGAAUAAGCUAGUGCACUCAUUCCCAAGAAAACUGGGUUAAAAUAAAAAUAAAAGUCAAAAUUUAUUAAUUUUUUUUUUUUUUAGUUUUAUUAUUUUAUCUUUUUGGUAAUAUUACAUAUUCAUAAUCAGCUUCAAUGUCGGAUCUUGCUCUACUUUUUACGUAUCACUCACAAACUGUACAAACUAUGCCUAUUUAUUAAUACGACAAUGCUUGCGUAAAUACAAGUAAUUAUAUUUUUUUAUACUCUAUUAUUGUGGGUUGGUGUUAAAUCGCAAAGUAAAUAAUGGGUAGUCAUUGCUGUAAAUGUGCUGAUAGUAAAAAUCAGCAACAACGUUUAGAUUCAUCAAUAAGCAACGUACAAAACAAUCAGCUUAUACCAACAGAGCGUUACAAUGUGAAUUCAGCUAAGAAAAUCAUUCAACUAGCUUUGCAGAAUUCAAAGAGAAAAUCAAAUAGCAACAAACUUGGUUUGGCUACGAACAAAGAUGGAAAAUAUAAAAAAAUGGCUUCUACUCACAAUGAAGCGUUAGAUCAAAAUAUAAGCAUUAAUGCUUCUCCGGAUGAACUGAAACGAAAUGACCUUCCAUUUUUCGCUGAACCCUUGACAGACGUUAGAGUUAAGGUUGGCUCACGAAUGCGGUUAUCCACAGACAUCAGAAGUUCCACGAUGCUCAAGGUAACAUGGUUCAGGGAAAACAAGCGUAUUCAAAUGGGUGGUCGAUUCUUUAUGAUUGAUAAAGGGAAUUUUCAAUCUAUCGAUAUAAUGCCGGUGAUAGCUCAUGAUGAAGGGCAAUGGACCUGCCUUGCAGAAAAUUCUUAUGGAAACUCUACGUGCAGUUUUUUUCUGAGUGUAAUAAUUCCAAAAAUUUAUCAACUACCGAAUUUCAUAAAUAAUGUACAAGUGCUGAUAACGGAAGCAGGAACAGUUUUACUAGAAUGCCAAGUUUUCGGUGUACCGACGCCACUUCUACAGUGGUUUAAAGAUGGAGAAGAGAUCACGGCCGGAGACAUCUUUGCACUGACUACAAGAACGAAUGACACUACACUACUGGGGUAUUAUAGUUGUAAAGCGGUUAAUUGUAUGGGAAUAGCAAGUUCUUUGUCAAAAGCGCACAUAAUAACAUCGAAGUCUAUGGAAAUCUCAUUGGGAGUACGGAAUUUUCAAACUUCAUUGACCAGAGCUCCAAUGUUGUCAAAUAUUUUGAAAAAAAAAAAUUGUAUAAUAGGAGAUUGCAUUGCGUUAACUUGUGAAAUAAAUUUUUUGCCAGAGUCAAAAUUAUAUUGGUUUAACAGACAAGGACGAGUAAGCUCUUCGGAAAAAUAUCAAAUAAUGGAAGAAGAGGGGAGUUUUUCUGUUAAAAUUACAGAAAUAGACGCUAAUGAUGAAGGUCUAUGGAAAUGUGUAGCUGAACGUGGAGAAAACAUGACCCACAUAAUGUCGUAUGAUCUUACAAUACUUAUACCAAAAAGUUACAGUUACCCGAAAUUCAAAGAGCCUUUGAAAGUAAUAAUAUCUAAGAAAGGAAUAGUCUCAUUUGAAUGUAAAGUAGUCGGAAUUCCGACUCCAACACUAAAAUGGUACAGAAACGAUCAAGAACUGAAACGAGAUGAUAUCUACUGCAUAACCACUACCAGUCCGUUAGGGUCAUAUUGUUGUGUCGCAAGAAAUUGCAUGGGAGAAGUCAAAAGUACAGCUGAACUAACCAUUGAAACUAUCAAAAAUUAUUUGAGGAAAACAGAUUUAUCUUUUUCAAAGAAUGCGAAUAUUCCGUACUUUCGAAGAGGUCUAGAAAAUGUGAAAGCUGAGAUUAAUUCGAAAUUUAGAUUUACAGUUCAGGUUGAUAUUUCGUUUAGGGAUACAUUACACUGGUAUAGAAACGAUAAUUUAAUUGUUAGCAGUGUAGACUAUCGCUCUGUUGAAGGAAAAUAUGGAGAACAUCACCUCGAAAUAGAAAAGUUAAAAAUCAUUGAUGAUGCAAACUGGAGAUGUGUCGUUGGAAACGAUUAUGGCUACAAUGAAACAUCAUGUUAUUUAAAACUAAUUAUACCGAAGCAUUAUAAAAAACCAGAAUUUUUAGAAAACCUUAAAGUCAUAUGUACUGAAGCAGGACAAAUUAAUUUAGAGUGUAAAAUUAAAGGUGUUCCUUCUCCAACACUUCAAUGGUUUAACGGUAACGUUGAAUUACAACAAGGAGUGAUCCAAAAAAUCACACCAACGAAUGAUAAUGACUGUAGUCUCGGCACAUAUACAUGUCAAGCAUCCAAUUGUAUGGGUACUGUGAAAAACUCAAUUCUUCUCGUUGGAAUAAGUAAUAUUUUUACACGAGAAAAAAUUUCAAAAACCCAUGAAAUAUCAGAAGAACCAAAUACUCAGAAGAAAGAAGUUAAGGAUAAAAUUUGUAUAAAGUUAUCCUGCAAUAAUCAACACAUUAUUCACGAUUUAGUGCAAACUACGGACGGACAGGUAGAAGCGAUAGUGACGGAUGAAAUAACGAAGUUGAUCUCGGGGGAGAACGUAACAACUGUUCCUUCUGUAAAACUUAUGUUAAAGACUUUCAGUGAUGAAUCUCUCAAUUAUAACGAGAAUUCAGAAGAAAAAGACAAAGAUGACGACAACAAGCCGAAUGAAGGAUCGGAAAAAAAGAGUCAGAAUAGGAAAUGUAGCAGGGAUAAUGGAGCAAAGAAUGACGAUGAGUGUACAGAUGAGGAACAGAGGAAAAUAACGAUUCAAAAAAUUGGUGUUCAAAUUUAUCGAAGUGAAGAAGAAUUGUUUCAGAAAAAUUCAAAUCAAUCGAUAACGCCACAUUAUCAAGAACAUACAGAGGGCAUAGUCAGUCGAUGUAAUUAUGAAAAUCUUGACAAUAAAGCAGUAGAGAGUAUAUGUGACUUCCGAAAAACUGAACAAGCCUCAGAAAAUAGAGAAAGACUAUCUAAUGACUUACAUUCAUAUUUACACACGAUAACAACUCAAUUAGAGAGAGAAGGGGACACAUAUAUAAGAAACGAAGCAUCAGAAGUCUGGGAAGAUGCGGAAAUUGAAAAUGAACAUCAUGUUCAAGAAACAAACACAUAUGAAAAUAAGCGAAAAGAAAGACUUGAAAAUUCUACGGAAAUAGGUGAAAAAAUUGGUGUGCCAUGUGAAAAUCAAAAUCUUGUCUAUGGAGUACAAGAUAUUCUAUGUGACUACCGAAUAAUCGAUGAGGUCGAGAAAAGUAAAGAAAAACUAUGCAAUGAAUCAACUAUACAUACAAAUCAAUACGCAAAAACUACGGAAUUAGAAAAAGAAGAGGAAACUCAAAUUUUCGAGAGAGAUACGGAUUAUACUAAAGCAGGUAAUGACGACAUCGAACUCAAUAUAGAUACUGUAGAAAUGCAGGGUCCUCUUUUAGAAAAAAAAAUAUUGAAUGAUCAAAGCGGAGUUUUAUCUAUUGACCAUGAUAGUGAGAAUGAACUAGAAAGACGCACGGAAAUUGGUCCAGAUUUUUCCCUUCUCGAUAUCAGGGAAGAAAAUUCACAGAAAGUUAUGGAUUCAUUCGGAACUGAAAAUAUAUGCAUAAAGAAUGACACAAAAGACGAAAAAAAAAACAAGGAAAGUCAUCAUGUUCGAGCAAUAGACACAUACAAAAAUGAGCAAGAUGAAAGCCUUGAACAUUCUACGAAAACAAUUGGAAAAAUUACUGACGAUGAUAAUUCGUGUAUAAUCGAUGACAUUGAACUUAAUUUCGAUAGUGUAGGGACGGAAGGUCUGAAUGAACUAAAAAGACACACAGAAAUUAAUCCAGGUUUUUCACUUUCCGAUAUUAAAACAGAAAAUAUACGAGAAGACAUAGAUGUAGUUGGAACUGAGAAAAUAUGCACAGCAGACGACAUGAAAGAAGAAAAACAAAAUUAUAUAGGUCAAAAAAAUCACGGGUUGGAGGCUAGCGAUAACAAACGGAACAUUUCAAUACUAGAAAAAGAUGUCGGGAAAGAAGCAGAAAUUGGAAAUCAACAUUAUGUUCGAGCGGAAGACCCACAUAAAAAUAAGCACGAAGAAAUUCUCGAACAUUCUACGGAAAAAAUUGAAAAAAAUACUGUGCCAUGUGAAAAUCGAAAUUUCGCAAAUAAAGCACAAGAUAAUCUAUGUGACUUCCAAAAAAUAGAUGAAGUCGAGGAAAAUGGAGAGAAACUAUACAAUGAAUACUCAGAUUUUAAUUUAUACACAGAUGAUACUGAAUUAGAAAGAAAAGGGGACAAUCAAAUUUUUAAUAGAGACACGGAUUAUACAAAUGCAGAUGAUGUUUUAUACAAAAUCGAUGAAAUCGAACUCAAAAUUAAUACUGUAGAAACACAAGGUCCUCUGAUCGAAAAAGAAUUAUUAGAUGAUCGAAGCGGAAUUAUUUCAUCUAUCGACCAUAAGAGUGAGAAUGAACUAGAAAAAAAUUCGGAAAUCUGUCCAGGUUUUUCAUUUACCGAUAUCAGCAACGAAAAUUCAAAAAAAGGUAUGGAUUUAUCCGAAAAAGAAAAAAUAGACAUAACGAACUACACGAACGUUGAGAGAGAUGGAGAAAAACUAUACGAUGAAUACUUAUAUCCAAAUUCAUACACAAAAACUCCGGAAGAUAAAAGAGAGGAGGACACUCAAAUUUUCAAUAGAGAAACGGAUCGUACAAAUGCAGAUGAUGAUGUCUUAUGUACAACCAAUGACAUCGAAUCUAAUGAGGAUACUGUAGAUAUGCAGGGUCCUAUUGUAGAAGAAAAUAGAUUGACUGAUCAAAAAAGAAUUAUUUUAUCCAUCAACCACGAUAUUGAAAAUCAAACAGAAAAACAGACAGAAAAUGGUCCAGGUGUUCUACUUACCGAUAUUGGAAAUGAAAAUGUCCAGAAAAGUUUGGAUUUAUUCGACGAUGAAAAAAUAUGCAUAGCAAACGACACGGAAGAAGAAAAAGAAAACAAGCUAGCUGAAAAAAAUCAUGGGUUCGAAGAAAUUAGAAACGAGAAGCACCUUCCAAUACAAGAAGAUAAGGCAUCAGACGACGGGACAUAUGUUAAUAAUAAAAAUCAACAUCAUGUUCGAGCGACAGACACACAUGAAAAUGAACAAGAAAGUCUUACACAUUCUACGGAAAAAAUUGAAAAAAAUACUGUGCCAUGUGAAAAUCUAAAUUCCGAAAAUGAAGCACAAGAUAAUCUCUGUGACUUCCAACAAAUCGAGGAAGUUGAAGAAAAUAGAGAACAACUGUACAAUGAAUACUUACGUCUGAAUUCGUACACAGAAAAUACUGAAUUAGAAAGAGAAGGGGACAAUCAAAUUUUUAAUAGAGAUACGGAUUACAUGAAUGCAGAUGAUGAUCUUUUUUGCAUAAUCGAUGACAUCGAACUCAAAAUACAUACUGUGGAGAUACAUGGUCCUCUGCUCGAGGAAGAAUUAUUAGAUGAUCGAAGCGGAACUAUUUUAUUUAUCGACUAUAAGAGUGAGAAUGAACUAGAAAGACACUCGGAAAAUGGUCUAGGUUUUUCACUUACCAAUAUUAGGAAAGAAAAUUCACAGAAAGGUAUGGAUUCAUUCGAAACUGAAAAAAUACGCGUAGCAAACGACACGGAGGGACAAACCCAAAAUGAGACAGGUCAAAAAAAUCAUGGUUCCGAGAAAAGUGAUAACAAAUGGCACAUUUCAAUACAAGACGAUGAAGCAUCAAAAGUCGGGAAAGAUGUAGAAAUUGAAAAUCAACAUAUUGUUCGUGCAAUAGAUACACAUAAAUAUCAGCAAGAUAAACAACUUGAACAUUCUACGAAAAAAAUUGAAAAAAACACUGUGCCAUGCGAAAAUGAAAAUUUUGCAAAUAAAGCACAAGAUAAUCUAUGUGACUUACAAAAAAUCGAUGAAGUCGAAGAAAACGGAGAUGAUGUUGUUUUAUGUUUAAUAAAUGACAUUAAACUCAGUAUGGAUACUGUAGGCGUGCAAGCGUCUGUGAGAGAAGAAAAAAGUCUAGAUGAUCAAACCAAAUUUAUCUCAACUAUUUACUCUGAUAGUAAGAAUAAAGUAGGAAUAGAGCCGAGAAUUGAAUCAGUUUUCUUACUUGCUAAUAUUGAAAAGAGAAAUGGACAAAAAGAAAAAAAUUUUAUUGAAUCUAUGAAAAUGUGCAUAGAAAACGACACACAAGAAAAUAAAAUAAACCCACUAUGUACAAAAUAUCCUGGGAUUGAGAAAAUCAAUAGUAAAUGGUCUCUUCCAACUCUCGAGUCAAAUAUGUUAGACUCUUGGGAAGUUGUAGAAAAUGAAAAUCAACAGAAUGUCCCGGUAAUAGACACACAUAAGUGUGCGCGAUCUUGGAAAAAGCCAUCUUCAUUUUUAUGUGUGAUGUCAAUGAAAAAUUUAGCAUCGAUACCAAAGCAAAGAAGCACAAUUCUUACAGUCUUCGAAAAACGAUUACCUAUACAAGUGAAUCGUUUCGAAUUAGUUAACCAAGCCGUGAGUUCAAAUUACAAACGGAUCAAUAGAACGAAUACGGAUCUAAGAAGUCGAAAAGGGUUCAGGAUAAUCAGAGAAAUUACACCUUCGAUAUCACAAUAUCCGUAUGAACAAUUCAGUGUAAGACCAGUGAAUCGAUAUGAUCAGCUGAAUAAUAGUCGUCGAUUUUUAAAUUACGGAAUAUACACACAAAGAAACCAGUCAUUUACGAAACUUCUCGAUCUAUCUCACUACUUUGACCAGAUUGAAUUGGAAUCAUCACCUUCUAAACUUUGUUUGAAGAAGACAUCACAAUACUCACAACUGCCUUACUUUCUUGGUCAACUUCCAAGCUCCUCCAAAAGAUAUGCUCGAUCAUUCAAUUAUCUUUCGACAUCGAAUUGUUUUCCAAUUAACAGACUGAAUUCCAAGGGAGGAAAACCAAAAUUUUUUAUAAGUCUCCAAAAUAAAAUGACUAUUGAAACCUCUUGGGUUAAACUUACGUGCACUGUAUUUGCUGAUCCGAAUCCUGAAGUUUUCUGGUUCAAAGAUGGUAAUAGAUUGUCACUAUACAGCAGCAAUCACGUAGUCAACAUAGUCAAUGGUGUUGUUACACUCGAAAUAUAUUCAGUUCGCCCCCAAGAUUCUGGAGAAUACUCCUGUUGGGCAAGAAAUAUGUACGGACUAGCAUCCACUGAAGCAACAUUGAAGGUUACUUCUCUUUAUUCACGAGUAGCAGCCGUACAAACACAUAUAAAUAUAGUUAAAAAGAGCCAUGAAUACGGAUUCCUAAUACGUCGAACUAGAACGGAUAUGGAUGGCCUGAUGAAUACUUAUGGAUAUAAAAACUUUUCGCGAUCUCUAUUUGAAAUGAGUAGGAAUAGUAUGAAACCAGCGACAUUCGUUUGUCGACCACUUAUCAAAGAAAUUGCGAUUGCCAUUAAUGGCUGUAUGAGAAUAUCAUUUCAAAUGUCCGGAAUACCGACACCAAAAGUGAUUGUAUUGAGAGAACGACGAAACAUUAUGUAUGAUCGACGUCUGCAUCACGAAAUUCAUAAUGAUUACGUUAUGAUUCGCUUGGAACGAGCUCAACCAUCUGAUGAAGGAAGCUACUGCAUUAUAGUGCAGAACUGCUUUGGAUGUGACAGACACUUUUUUACGAUGAAAGUGACAAAGCCAUCUGGAUUCGUGAGACGUGAUAUGUCCCCGUGGAUGAAGAAAUCUUACGAUAAUAGAUAUGGGUUCUAGCAACAUACGGCUUAUCAUUAAGAAAGAGAUAUACUCUCAUAUAAAUGAAAAAUAAUCAGUCUUGGUGACCCAAAGAAUAAUCGACGAAUAGCAAGUCAUAGGUUGGCUCGUCUUUAAUGUGCCAACUCUUGUUUUUUGCAAGUUGAUCUAUCAAUUUUUAAAAAAGUUAUGAUAUAUAAAAAAAAAAGUUUUUAUUUGUAAUACAAUAGAUGAUGAUCAUAAAAAAAAAUUUAUUCGAAAAAAAAA